UUCGCUGUCUUGAGAAAGAAGACAUCAUCAAAUACCAGAAUUCAGAAUAUGGAGAAGAAGCAGGAUUUGCAAAGCUUCUCAAUUUUUUGGAGGGGACAGAAAUUUGUUGUUGAGAUGAAUCUAGGUGCCACUCUUAAGGAGUUAGGUGAUAAGCUGCGAGAACUCACGCAUGUCGAGGCUGAUACUCUAAGGCUGCUCGUUCCGGUUGAGAAAAAUUCAAAGCUGCUGUAUCCUUUUUCUGAUGAACAUUCUCGGAUGAGCUUGGAAAUGGCGGCAAUUCUUAAGGGAAAAGCUAUUAGAAUGAUGGGAGUACCCAAAGGUGAGGUUGAUGAAGUCCUACAAAAGGCAAAGGUAGACCUGAGGAUAGCUGGGUUUGAUGAAGAAGAAAGGAGAUUGAAGCAGAGAAUUUCCCGAAGAUCAUAUAACUCACCGAAACUUCCUCAAGGAAAUUAUAUCUUUUGUGAUUUUCGAACUCUUAGCCUUCCUGGAAUAGUGUUGAACCCUCCUGCAUCGAAGGCACUAGAACUGCUGCAUAAGCUUGCUUCAGAUCCAGGAAUUGUUGCAAUUAUGAAUAAGCAUCGUUGGCGGGUGGGAAUUUUGACUGAGAUGGCACCUGAAGGUUAUGUUGGAAUCAGUCCUGAGUGCAUCCUUGGUUUCAACAAGAAUCAUGGAGAAGAGAUCUCACUCAGACUUCGAACUGAUGACCUCAAGGGUUUCAGGAAAUAUGAAAAAAUUAAGAAGACUCUUUUGCAUGAGCUAGCACAUAUGGUGUUUUCCGAGCAUGAUUCAAAUUUCCUUGCUCUGGAUUCACAGCUAAACAAAGAAGCUAUUACUCUCGAUUGGACUAAAUCAAGGGGUCACACUCUUACUGGAGGUACCCCUUCCGAACAAUAUGACGAGGAGUUUGACCCCGGCAGUAAUGUAGUUUCAUCACACAAGCUUGGAGGCCGAGUUUCUGUUCUUCCUACUGCUCGUGCUGCUUCAGCGAAUGCAGCUUUUGCUCGUUUGGCUGACACAUCCACUCCUCUUUCAGGGUCAUCUGUGGCACCCGAUCCGAAUAUCAACGACAUUCCAAAUGAGUCUAAACCUAAUCCAGAUGGCUGUGAUGGAGAUGAUUACAUGCAACUUGAACCUUACACGGGAUCAGGGCAAGACCACCUUGAUUCAGCCCGAGAUGAACAAUCUAAUCCCAAUGAUUCCGGGACUCCCAUUGAAUCCAGCCUUGAUGGAGAUUUUGACAAAAGGCUCGCCAUACUAGAACCUGAACUUGAUAGUGCUGAAACAGGCCCAAAUCAACCAAGAGAUCAGAACACCGAACCGCUUCAAAUGGACUUGACUUCAGAGUUACCAAAUCAUGUGAGUGGAACUCCUGGUGAAGAAUGUCCAAGCAAUUCCCAUCCAGACGAUAUGCAAACAGAGCCUGAUUCCGGUGGGUUGACAAUAAGGAGCAACAUCACUGAUCCUGAUCUUGAUGAUCCUGAGCUGCGGAUGAUUCAAGACCCUGUUACUGAGUUUUGUGAUCGUCUGCAAAGUGCUGUGCAGUCAUUGAGAAAAGAAGCUAUGCCCUCGGUAACUGAAAGGGUUCUACAAACUUUAAUCAAGAUAGUCAGUAACGCAAUGGAAUACCCAAAUGAUGUGAAGUUCAGAAAACUCAGAAAGGCUAAUCCAUUAAUCCAAAGAAAUAUUGUUACUUACAAAGCUGCUGUGGAAAUACUCAAACUGAUCGGCUUCCAUGAACAAGCCAUCGUUGUCGAAUCAGGGAACACUGAACCUUAUUUUGUGCUACAAAGAAACGAUCCAGGCUUGUUGUGGCUCGCCAAAUCAUCCCUCGAGACAUGCAUUUUGUAGCUGCAGGAACGGGGUUCAUCUCGUCCAUAUACGUACACACUGAGAAUGGUUUGGUGUUGCAGGAUUUAAUGUUUGUAAUAUUUACAUUUUUUUACAACUGUAAUAACAUCCCAUUCAAGUGGUUCGCAAGAGUCAUUUAUGUAUAAUAUGAUACAAUUUCGAAAUAAAAUGCAAACAUUCAUUUCGUA